CGGAAAAUUGUUCGUUUUGUAGAAGAACCGAAGCUAACUUUGUGAGGUGUUUUUUUUAACGAGACAGUACCGGAGGAGGAAGCGGAGGCUCCGAGGAAGCGGAGGAAAUUAUCCGAGAAGUUUUCUGAACAUACUUUUUUCUUCGUUACAGGAUGGCAAGUGAAGGAAACGCCAUGUCUGAUGAAAGAAUAGGAGAAGCCCUCAUCAAAGAGGUCAUACAGGAGGAGCUGAAGGAGGUGCCCUCAGACGAUGUCCCCCCUCUCACUCCGCUGGCCGUGGAAGUGAAGACGGAGCAGGAGCAGAAGAUGGUGACCCAGCUGGGAAAAAUGAUCCGCAUCAUCGGCGACAGGGUCCGAGACGACAAGGAGUUCCAGGAUGCGAUAGACGGCAUCGCUCGCGGCUGCGGCGGGACAGAAUCCACAUGGGACAGAUUCAAGAAAGUGGCGAACAAAGUGUUCGAGCACGGCAUCACCUGGGAGAGGAUCGGCGUGCUCUUCUACGUCGCUGGCAGGCUGGCUCUCAGGAUGGUGGAGGCUCAUCUGCCUCAGUCAGUGAGGGAGGUCCUGAGGUGGACAGUGGAUUUCUUCAGAAACAAUCUGCUUGGCUGGAUUCGAGACCAUGGAGGAUGGAUCAACAGUUUCUCAGAUCUGGCGUCAGCAUCCAUGCAGAGCGUGUCAUCAUUGAACCCUCACAGCUGCAACCUCAUCGUCAUCUUUGUCACUGGCCUGCUCGUAGGAAGCUUCAUUACCUGGAGGCUGAUCAGACGGCUCUGAGGCUUACACGCACAUACGCACACACACACACACUCACUCCAGACAUGGGUCACCAUCACAUAAAGCAAAAAAUUCUAAGUGUUUACCAAGUGUUUGACAGGACUAUGAAAUGUUUACUAGAGGGUUUAUUAUCACGUGACCAUCACACAUUUAAAUAAGAAACGCAGAGAAUCAUUUGCAAAAAUGUGCCUGAUCCCCUCUCUCUCUCUCUCUCUCUCUCUCUCUCUCUCUCUCUCUCUCUCUCUCUCUCCUUUUCUGCCUUAUCUGAAAUCAACUAUGCAAACUUGAAGGAGGUAGGCACUUUGGUGCUGUAUCAUUUUUAACAGCGUUUUUCUAUGUAGAGCAAUAAUAAUGUCAGACUUCUAGUAACACAGCAGUAAACAGGCACCACCACACUAUAACGCAUCAACAACAGUUUCUAUACAACACUGAUAUCAUAAGCAAAGUUCAUAGACUAAAUAGCACAGGACUUAUGUUAUCAUUUAAUAUGAUCAAUUAAAGUCCAACUGAAUGCAAUUAUAGUAUGUUUUUAUUAUUCAAAGAAAGAAAAAGGGGAAGUAUUAGAAAUGCUCCUUUUUAGUCUCAGCUGGCUGAAAGAGCAUGUAGGUGGCAGGAGAAGAUAAAAAGGUGUUUGUUUUUUAAAUUGUGCCUUAAUUUUGAUAGAAAGUAGAGGCAGAAAAUGCAAAGGGAUGACAUGAAGGAUCAGGUACAGUAACAUUAAAAAGGUUUGGACACGUUAUCUCAUUGAAGAGAAUGAGACGAUGUGUCUAAACUUGACUGAAACUGUAUAUUAACCUGCUGAAUAAUCAGAAAGUGAAGAUUAAAGAAAAGACGUGUUCAUAUGAGAGUUAGAUAAGAAUGAGACUGAAGCUGAUGUGGGCGAAGAAAUUUGAUUGACUGUAUAGAAUCCAGGUAUUCUAAUGGAUUCAUAAAAAACUAGAUACAAUUAUGACACCAAAGAGCAAUAAUAUGAAUCUCUUUUUCUCAAAUGAAAACUCAGGACAAGUGUGUUUUACUGAAGUAGACACACACGUUAAAUUUAAUAUCAGUUGGACUUAAUAUUAAAGUGAAGUCACCAAAUAAAAUAGUGAUAACAAUAUUAUAAUCAUCAGUUCCUUUUUAGAGAUAUUUUAAAAGGACGCUGAUGGAUCUCUGUGCUGAGGUUUGAGAUAUCAUUAGCUGCUACUUAUUUUAAUACUCCCUACAUUUUUAUUAGUCUUGUCACUGCCCACUUUGCUUAUGCUGCCUUGAAACUAGACGCCUUAAAGCUUUAAACAAAAAAAAACAAAACAAGAAUCAACAAUUUGUGUCAUAUAUUCUAUAUAUGUAAUUUCUUAUAAAAAGCCCAUAAUGUUUAGUCAUUUAGAAAAUGUUGUAAUAGUGUAAAUCACCAUUAGUUUACUGUGAAAGGUUUUAUUUGCACAAUGACCUUAUUAUUGGUUCAAUCAUGUCCACUACCAAAGCUUAAAUCUUUUUGAAAUGUGACUAUGAAAUGCUGUUGAAUUAAAGCCAUGUCACUGGAAGCUCAAC